CAGAAUAACUCGGUAUCUCAAACAGCUAACAGACUAAUGUAGUGAGACAACCAUCUACAAGUCGAUGAUAUUCCGUUGUCAUGUUCUCAACAAACACACUUUGAAACUCAAUCUCAAACUUGUUAAACUAUACCCAACAAUUACACUCUUCCAAAACAUUAACUUUUCUUCACUCUCUUCCUCUUCCAACACUUACCACCAUCCAAACCUUCUCCAACUACGCACCCUUUCCCAAAUCAAGCAAGUUCACGCUUUUGGCAUCCUCCGUGGCUUUCUCCCUCACAGUGUUUCUCUCUGUGCCUCUCUCAUUCUUCAAUAUGCCUCCUUUGGACACCCUUCAACUUCCCUUCUUCUCUUCCAACAAAGUGUUCCAUAUUCCCGCCGUGCCUUCUUGUGGAACACCCUUAUCCGUGCUAACUCCAUUGCAGGUGUUUGUGAUGGGUUUAGUACCUAUAACACCAUGGUUCGUGCUGGUGUUAGGCCUGAUGAUCACACAUACCCUUUUGUCUUAAAGGGGUGUUCUGAUUUUGUGGAGGUUAAUAAGGGUAGGGAGGUUCAUGGGGUUGUGUUCAAGCAUGGUUUCGAUGGGGAUGUCUUUGUUGGGAAUACCCUUUUGGCCUUUUAUGGUAAUUGUGGGUUUUUUGGUGAUGCCAUAAAGGUGUUUGAUGAAAUGCGUGAGAGGGAUAAGGUGUCCUGGAAUACUGUUAUCGGGAUGUGUUCUCUUCAUGGGUUUUAUGAGAAGGCACUUGCAUUUUUUGGGGGGAUGGUAGCGGCUGUGCCUGUGAUUGAACCAGAUUUGGUUACUGCUAUUAGUGUGUUGCCUGUAUGUGCAGAAACUGAGGAUGAGGUAAUGGCGAGAGUAGUGCACUGUUAUGUUUUGAAGGUUGGUUUGUUGGGCCUUGUGAAGGUUGGAAAUGCUUUGGUUGAUGUUUAUGGAAAAUGUGGGAGUGAGAAGGCUUCCAAAAAGGUUUUUGAUGAAAUUGAUGAGAAAAAUGAGGUUUCCUGGAAUGCUAUUAUUACUAGCUUUUCAUUUAGAGGGCAGUAUUUGGAUGCUUUGGAUGUAUUUAGGUUGAUGAUUGAUUCAGGAAUGAGACCAAACACUGUCACCGUGUCCAGUAUGCUACCUGUAUUAGGAGAAUUGGGACUUUUUAAAUUGGGAAUGGAAGUUCAUGGGUUUAGUUUAAGGAUGAGUAUUGAGUCUGAUGUUUUUAUUGCUAACUCAUUGAUCGAUAUGUAUGCAAAAUCAGGAUCUUCAAGUAUAGCAUCCGCUAUAUUCAACAAAAUGGGAGACAGAAACAUUGUAUCUUGGAAUGCAAUGGUUGCGAAUUGCAUGCAGAACAGACUUGAGUUUGCAGGUGUAGAAUUAGUGAGGCAAAUGCAAGCUCAUGGAGAAACCCCCAACAAUGUAACCUUCACAAAUGUUCUUCCAGCUUGUGCAAGAUUAGGUUUCCUGAAUGUUGGAAAGGAAAUUCAUGGCAGGAUAGUUCGGGUUGGGUGUGCCUUUGACUUGUUUGUCUCUAAUGCUCUGACAGACAUGUAUUCAAAAUGUGGAUGCUUAAACCUUGCUCAAAAUGUCUUUAAUAUUUCUGUUAGGGAUGCAGUUUCCUACAAUACACUAAUUAUAGGCUAUUCUCAAACAAGUAACUGCUCAGAAUCUCUACAUUUGUUUUCAGAUAUGAGACUCUCUGGCCUGAGGCCUGAUAUUGUUUCAUUCAUGGGUGUUAUAUCAGCUUGUGCAAAUCUGGCUUCCAUAAAGCAAGGCAAAGAGAUCCAUGGACUACUGGUAAGAAGGCAUUUUCACACUCAUCUUUUUGCAGCAAACUCACUCUUGGAUUUAUACACCAAGUGUGGUCGAAUAGAUCUUGCUACUAAGGUCUUUCACCGUAUCCAUGACAAGGAUGUGGCCUCUUGGAAUACCAUGAUUUUGGGCUAUGGUAUGCUGGGUGAGUUGGAAACUGCAAUCAACCUUUUUGAAGCAAUGAAGGAAGAUGGUGUGGAAUAUGAUUCAGUGUCAUUUAUUGCAGUUUUGUCUGCUUGUAGUCAUGGAGGACUAAUUGAGACAGGGAAGAAAUACUUUCAGAUGAUGCACAAUCUAAACAUUGAACCAACACAUAUGCAUUAUGCUUGCAUGGUUGAUCUUCUUGGAAGGGCUGGUCUAAUGGAAGAAGCUGCAGAGCUUAUUACAGGCCUCUCUAUUGUGCCAGAUACUAAUAUAUGGGGUGCACUGCUUGGAGCAUGCCGAAUACAUGGGAACAUAGAAUUGGGGCACUGGGCAGCCCAGCAUUUGUUUAAAUUAAAGCCUCAGCACUGUGGAUACUAUAUACUCCUUUCAAAUAUGUAUGCAGAAGCUGAAAGAUGGGAUGAGGCAAACAAAGUCAGGGAAUUGAUGAGAUCAAGGGGAGCUAAGAAAAAUCCUGGUUGCAGUUGGGUUCAAAUUGGAGAUCAGGUGCAUGCAUUUCUUGUUGGUGAGAAAAUACACAGCUUGGAUAGUGGCUUUUGGCUAUUAGAAAGUUGUUAAAUUUGUUUUGUAAGAAAAGUCUAAAAGUUGUCUUUGGAUUGAAAAUUUUAAAAAUUAUAAAAGUAAUAAUGAAAAAUGUCUAAGGUAAGAGUUGAAGUACGAGAAGAGUUAUGAAUGAUAAAUAUAAAAAGUUAAGUAUAAUAAAGAGAUUUUUAUAAAAAUGACUUAUUUGAAAAAAAAUUUAUUUAUCAUAAAAAUUAUUUAGUUAGAAUUUUACCGUAUUUUUAAAUUAUUUUUUAUUAUCUAAAUACAUAAAUUAUAGUAAUUUUGAAAUACUUUAUCAAAAUACAACAUGACCAUAAUUUUCAUAAAGCAAAUUGUUCUGAGCUUAGUGGAGUAUUUAUUUAUCCAUUAUAUUAUCCAGUUAAGGGCAUUUCUGGUUGCAUAAGCAAACCAGAUUUUGUUUUUAAAUUUGUAUAUAGUACAUUUAUCAAUUUAACAAUGUGGUGAA